UUUCCCGCGUAGUUCGUUCAUAUUGUAUCUGUCAAGCAGAGGGAAACAUUGUAUUGAAACAUGGAUAUGGCGGUUUAUGACACAGCUAGUCUACCGGACCUCUUACCUCUGUAUUAUCGCAGGCUGUUUCCAUUCUAUCAAUAUUACCGGUGGCUGAACUACGGCGGCGUUGUGAAAAACUACUUUCCUCAUCGGGAGUUUUGUUUUACAUUGAAAGAUGAUAUAUAUGUUCGAUACCAAUCUUUCAACAACCAAAGUGAACUUGAGAAAGAAAUGCAGAAAAUGUGUCCAUAUAAAAUUGAUAUUGGAGCUGUGUAUUCACACAAGCCAAGCCAUCACAACACAGUAAAGUCUGGAACUUUCCAAGCUCAGGAGAAAGAAUUAGUGUUUGAUAUAGACAUGACAGAUUAUGAUGAUGUUCGGAGAUGUUGCAGUUCUGCAGAUAUAUGCAAGAAGUGCUGGACUUUAAUGACUAUAGCAAUUCGAAUCCUUGACAGAGCUCUUGAAGAGGACUUUGGAUUUCAGCAUCGUUUGUGGGUAUACUCUGGCAGAAGAGGUGUCCAUUGUUGGGUGUGUGAUGAGUCUGCACGGAAGCUUUCUCAAGCUGCAAGAUCUGCUAUAGCAGAAUAUUUUAGUGUUGUGAAGGGAGGUGAAGAUACGAUAAAGAAAGUCCAGCUCUUGGAUCCAGUACAUCCAUUCAUCAGGUUAGUUAUCUCACAGGUGGAAAAAUAUUUUGUACAGUAUGCUUUGGUGGGUCAGGAUAUCCUAGAGAAUAAAGCAUGCUGGGAUAAAGUGUUGGCCCUGAUUCCAGAUAAUAUCCGUGAGGACUUGCAGCAGGCUUUCAACAAAGCGCGCACUUCCACAGAACGCUGGGAACAAAGUAAAGAAAUUUGUGAAUCGUUGGAAUUUAAGAAAAGAGUUCACAUAUGUGAAGAAAUUAUGCUGCAAUUUUGCUAUCCUCGCUUAGAUGUGAAUGUCAGCAAAGGACUAAAUCAUUUGCUGAAGAGCCCAUUCAGUGUGCACCCAAAAACAGGUCGUAUUUCUGUUCCUAUAGAUAUGAAAAAAUUGGACAAGUUUGAUCCAUUUGCAGUGCCAACAAUAAGUUUGAUUUGUAGUGAGUUGGACAAUGUGAAUACUAAGGAGGAAGAUCACGAAAGCCCCAAUGAAGGAGAUCCUGAAAUAAAACGACGGACCCGAGAUUAUAAGAAAACCAGUUUAGCACCAUAUAUAAAAGUGUUUGAGCUGUUCUUGGACAAAUUAGAUCAAUCAAGGAAAGGAGAACUACUUCAAAGAAGUGAUCUGAAGAGGGAAUUCUGAAUUAGUUUGCCGGUAUCUGUCGGCACAUGGAUAACAUUACUAUCUGCUGAAAAUGCACAACACCCUAAAGUGUCAACUUUAUUGCGGUCAAAAUAUGUUCAUUUUUAGUAAUUAAAUUAAAUGCUCUUGUCUAUUUGAAGGUUCAUGGCGACAUCUGCUUAUGGCUGAGAAAUCAAACCCUGCAUCAUGGUUUCUUGUUCAUUAUGCUUUUGUUUAAAAAUAAAAAAGGCAGAGUAAUGCUUUUUGACAUUAAAAA